AUUCCUCUAAUGUGGUCAUCUGAAGAAGGACACCAAAUGCACCACUGCUAACCACUCAACCUGAUCGAGCCUGUUCACAAGCCAGCACGGAGGAGGAGGAGGAGACAGAGACUGUAGUGUGUAAGAGGUGCUGAAAACCUUCAUUGUCUCGAUUCAUUUCCUACAUUUUCAGAUCAUAAUGUAGGACUGACCAUACUUUAAAAAGUAUGGUAAAAAAAAGUACUUCUUUUUUUAUUUUGGGGGGAAUUGAGGUGAGAGGAGGAUCCAUUUAAAUUAUACGGUUACCAGGAAUAACGUUCAACAAAGAAAAAGUGUAAUCUCUCAAAAUUUGAAGAAUUGGACAACAGAAAUAGAAUAUCUUAGAACCAUGGCACUGCUGGAAACAGACUUUGAGGUGAAAGGCAGCAGCAUCAUCAGGGAGUGGAGUGGACAGGUCCAGCCAGCGCUGGUCGCCUCCUUGGUUUUCCUCUUCUGUCUGGAAGCCUGUCUGUGGGUCAGGAAUCUCAGACUCAAGAGAAGGCUGCCAGGACCUUUUGCCUGGCCGGUGGUUGGCAAUGCCAUGCAGCUGGGGCAGAUGCCUCAUAUCACCUUCUCCAAGCUGGCAAAGAAGUACGGCAACGUGUAUCAGAUAAGACUGGGCUGCAACAACAUAGUGGUGCUUAAUGGAGAUGCAUCAAUACGAGAAGCAUUGGUUCAACACAGCACAGAGUUUGCAGGCAGACCCAACUUUGUGUCUUUUCAGUCAGUGUCUGGUGGUAACAGCAUGACAUUCACUAACUACAGCAAACAGUGGAGGACGCACCGGAAGAUCGCUCAGACCACCAUUAGAGCUUUCUCCUCUGCCAACAGCCAGACCAAAAAAGCAUUUGAACAGCACGUUGUGGCAGAGGCCACUGAGCUCAUUGAAGCUUUCCUCAAACUCAAUGCUGAGGGUCAGUUUUUCAACCCUGCUCAUGAACUGACAGUAGCUGCUGCAAAUGUAAUCUGUGCCCUGUGCUUUGGAAAACGUUAUGGACAUGAUGACAUUGAGUUUAGAACCCUUCUGGGCAGCGUGGACAAGUUUGGAGAGACGGUGGGGGCUGGCAGCUUGGUGGAUGUCAUGCCCUGGCUUCAGUAUUUCCCAAAUCCUGUCCGCAGGGUCUACCAGAGCUUCAAAGACCUCAAUAAAGAGUUUUUCACCUUUGUGAGAGACAAGGUUGUGGAGCACAGGGAGACAUUUGACCCUGAAGUGACCCGGGACAUGAGUGAUGCCAUUAUUGGGGUCAUUGACAAGGCGGACAGUGAUACCGGGUUGACGGAGGCCCACACAGAAGGGACAGUGUCUGAUCUGAUUGGUGCAGGACUGGAUACUGUGUCCACUUGCCUUCAUUGGAUGCUCCUUUUAUUGGUGAAAUACCCCAACAUCCAAACCAGACUGCAGGAGCAGAUUGACAAAGUGGUAGGCCGUGACAGGCUGCCCUGUAUUGAGGACAAAGCCAACCUGGCUUACCUAGAUGCCGUUAUCUAUGAGACCAUGCGCUACACCAGCUUUGUACCCCUCACCAUCCCCCACUCCACCACCUCAGAUGUUACCAUCGAAGGCUUCCACAUCCCCAAAGACACAGUGGUCUUCAUCAACCAGUGGUCUGUCAACCACGACCCUUUACAGUGGAAGGACCCACAUCUCUUUGACCCUUCACGUUUCCUAGAUGAAAGCGGUGCCCUUGACAAGGAUCUGACCAGCAGUGUGAUGAUAUUCUCAGCAGGAAAGAGGCGAUGUAUUGGUGACCAGAUAGCCAAAGUGGAGGUCUUUUUAUUUUCUGCUAUUUUGAUUCACCAGUGCACAUUUGAAGAUAAUCCAAGUCAGGACCUCUCCUUAGACUGCUCCUAUGGGUUAACAUUGAAGCCCCUGAACUACAAGAUCUCUGCCAAGCUCAGAGGAGAAUUACUUACUGGGGCAUAAAAUCUUGUUCUUUGUGUUUUCAAACAGAGCGCCCAUUAAUGGAGUGCAGUAAUCCAAUGUAAUAUAAAAGGUAUGUACACAACAGUGAAUGUUUAUGCUUUAAUACUGUAGGUACCAACCAUAAGAUUUAUAUUCAUACUUUACUAUUAUUAUUAUCAUUAGCUAUUAGCUGUUGAUUGUAUAAAUCACUUUUUGUGACAGAUAACUGAAUCAUGUUUGUAUUUCUAUAAUUUUAUUGAACAGGCUAUCUAUGGGAAAUUCCUGACAUUUGGAAUCAAGAUAUGUUAUCCCUCCAGAUUUAGGAAAAUAGAUAUUGUAGCAAUUCAUGUUACAAAAUAUCCCUUCUAAAUUCUCAUAAAAAUUGGAAACACAUAAUAUUUGAGUUUUAUGGACAAUUUCACUCCAUCAAAGUAUUAUGUCAAAGUAGAAUUUAAUCUACAAGAUAAAUUAAUACCAAAAUAACAUAGAGAUAUGUGUGCAGAUUGCUACACAAGUGAUAUGUAAGAAUUUAAAUUACUAUGAUGUGGCAGCCCAAAGUCACAGUUUGUAAUAAAUCUUAAGUAUCUUUUGUUAUAUAUGAGGGUAUUUAGUUUGGCCACCCCAAAUUGGCAUAUAAACUGGUGGUCAUGAAUCGAUUUUACUGCAAGUGCUUUGUUGUUGCAGUGAUGUGGAGAAAUCAUGUGUUGUGUUGCCCAUGUUGAGAUAUCUGAAGAAUUAUACAUCCUCUGACCCAUUCAGAUAUGCAUUCAUGGUGUUUGUAUCUGCAUAAGUACAUACGGUAAUAACAAUUAUACAUUUUCAGAAGUUUUAGUGCACUUACAUAAUUCCAUUGUAUUAUGAUGUAUUAUGUUCUGGUUGGGUCAUAAACAUGUAGUGUAUGAUAUCCAUAGUGCCUGAGCUCCAUGCAAUAAAUCCUAUACUCCUUCUCA